CUGUACUCUGCUCCGUCGCCAGUUAUGAGCUCCAGAACACUUUCUGCCGUGUUAAAGAAGAAGAUUCGCCUUCUUUGUCUCAAUGACUUUCCCUGUGGAAACGGCUCAUGGAGGAACACCAAAGACAGCAGCCCAGAGGGGCCAGACACCGAGUCCACCGACGCCCUGCUGGACCUGCUGAGGGGCCCUCAUUCACCGUGGCAGCAGGAUCCGGAAUCCUGGAGCCCUCAGGCUCCAUCCCUGAGACAACAGGCAGUGCUCACACCUGAGCGCCUGCACACUGACUGCAUUUACGACACUUUUAAAACUAUACGUAUCCUGGACAAAGGCGUUUCGGUGAUGGACAACGGUCUACUGAAGUUCUCAAAGCUGGAAGAGCUGGUGCUGAGCGCCAAUCUCAUUUCAGAAAUCCCUGUGGAGAACCUUCCAGAAACCUUAAAGGCAAAGGUUGGGGGAGAAGGUGCUGAGAUCUUGGAGCUACGUGCAAACCGGCUGUCCUCUUUGAGCAGCCUCACGCGGCUACCUCCGCCUCAGCUGCACUACCUCGGCCUCGGCUCAAACAGCCUGGGUUCCUGUGAAGAUGUUUCUCAUCUUACGGGAAUACACUGGCCAAAGCUCGUGUGUCUGGACCUCGGCGACUGCCAGUUUGAGGAGCAGCAGAGCUUGAUGGGGGCCUUGUGCACCCUGCCUUGCCUGAAGACACUGGUGCUGGAGGGAAACCCCAUUUCCCUUUCACCUGCAUAUCCAGGCUUCACUGUGGACAGUCUCCCACGGCUUGCUUGGCUAGACGGCUCAUGGAUCUCUCCCGAUGAGAGAUUUCAUUUCAGGGGCUUGGCCAAGAUGAGCGAUCUGAUAGUGGACUUGGCAUCAGCUACAGUAAGGGUGGGCAGAGUGAGGGGAAUCCCAGAUCCACUGAAAGGAAAGGCUUCUGACUUUCCAGUUGUCAGCUACAAAUAUUUUAUCACGUAUGGUUUCCUUCGUCAUUCACCUGAUGACACGGUAAAGUAUCCGCCUACAAUCGGUUGUCUCGUCCAAUCCGCUCUCUUAGGAAAGCUUGACAUUGAGUCUGGACCUGACACAGCAUCCACAGCACAGCUCACAGAGGACAGCGGCAGCGACACUGACCUGCCGUCUAACAAGAACUGUGAGAGACAGACGUCCACAACUGACGCUGGAGAAAUGGGGGUCAGCGCUGAGGGGACCUGCUCUGAUGAUGCACGCCUGUCACCGCAGAGCACGUCCAAAUUGAUAUGGUCCGAGUGCAUGGACUUCAAUUACACACAAACCAAUAUUGUUAGUUCUCUGAGAGAAUUAAAAAAAUUCCUCAAUCAAGGAUUUCAUGUCAGGCUUGAGGAGGAAAAGGUCUUGUCUUGGCCCGUGGAAAAAGAUGUUCAACCAUCAAAGGAGAACAAAGGAGGGAAGGGGAAGGAAGCUUCUAGUCCGGCCAAAUCUGCUCCCACCAAAGAGAAGUCCAAAGACAAAAAGUCGAAGUGCGUGCCAGAGCUGGUUCACGACCCCCCCACAAGAAGGGUUCUUGGCUCUGCACAUGUCCCACUGCAAAGCCUGGCCGAAGGCGGUCAGAAGGUCAGCGUCCUCUGUGACUUUGGUCCCCUGCAGACAGACUCUGAGGCUUUACCAAAACCUCACACGGAUUCGGGAAAGACUAAAAAAGAGGACAAAAAGAAGGAGGAGAAGAACAAUGGAGCAUUACAGAAAGCAUCUUCAAAAGGUAAAAGGAAAGGAAGUCAGCAACAGGACCUGGAUGUGACCCCCACGGGCAGCCCUGCUCCCGUCCAGCUGAACGCAGUGACUGUAGAGCUGAGCGUGGAGCUGGAGAAAUGGCAGUCGGCAUCUGAGGCGCACCUUUUAAUACAACCUAAACAAAGCCCCUAG